CUGAAUCUGAUCCACCGAGUAGUUAUAGUGAUAGGUCAGCUCCUUCAAUGGCGGAAUAUUCUCCAUCGCAAAAAGCAUCACGUGCGGCAUCUUCAUAUCAUCGUGAUCGUAAAUAACAUUCUGCGCAUACAGAUUCGGCGCGCAGCUGUGAUUAAUAAAUCUCCCAACAUUCCCAUGCCUGCACGCAUCUAUAGUGUACCCGCCUUCCCCAACAAGCUCAGCCGAGAGAGCCUCAUCCUCCGCAUUCAAACACGAGUCACUCAGAUUCUGCCCAAUGUCGAACAAAUACUCGUCACUCCCAAUCCUCCUAUCCGCUUCCGUGUGCUUCAGAAGCUCCCCUGCGUACUCGCAGAUGAAGCUUCCGGAAGGUAUGGAGAUCUCGAGCUGGUGCCUGAUUCCUCUCUGGCUAACCCUGUCGUAGCAGGAAGGCGGGCACUUGCAGUGGGGCCCACACUCGUACACGAGAAGCUUAGUCUCCACGAGUGCUCCGUUUCGAUUAUAAGGAAUCUCGCCGCCGUUACGGACCGCGCACCGGCACUUUCUCGAAUCCGAGCACCGGCCCGUGCAAUCGCAGCCAGGUGGCGCUACGGGGUUGUGCCAGCUAGGAUACAUCAUUCUCUCGACGUAGUCGAACGAGGGAGGCUUCUCGUCGUCUAUAGUGUUCACAGCCGGAAUACCGAACGGCUCCUUUUUCCGAGAUACGUCCAUGAUGCACACACUCGGCCGAAACCGAGCAUUGUUCGACGACUUCUUCAGCUGCUUCCAGGGGAGUUCGGGCUGGCCGGGUUUUCUACGCAGCUCGAACAUGAAGACUUGCUUUCCGUGGGGCCCGGUUUCCAUCCAGUACUUCUCGACAGUGUAGAGUCCGUCGUAUACGUAAGUAGUCACGAGCUUCGGUUUCGGGUCAAGAGGGUCCACGGC